AUGCAGCAGGCCCAGCUUGCUGAGCAGCAGCCUCAGCAGUUGGCUCAGAUCCAGGCCGCCCUCGAGGCCCAGCUCCUUGACGGCAUCCCGAUCCUCGGACCCCUCCUUAGCGGCCUUCUCGGUAGUCUUACCGGCGGUGGCGGCGGUGGUGGCGGUCUCCUCGGCGGUCUCCCCAUCGUCGGCGGUCUCGUCGGUGGUGGUGGCGGCGGUGCCGCUCUCCCGCUCCCCCUCCCUCUCUCUUCCACCCCCGCUCCCACUGGGGCUUCUUUCCCCACUGUCCAGGCUACUCCCCAGGACGCCGCCGCUGCCAUACAGAAGCGCAGCGCCGCCUAUGCCCAGAGCGUGGCCAACUACUACGCUGCCCUCAACAGCCAGAUCAACCAGGAGGCUCUCACCCAGCUGUUGACCGACUUCCAGGACAACCUCGAGAAUAUCAAGCACGCCAUGGCUGAGGCUGCCGACAAGACGCCCGAGGAGAAGGCCGAGGCCGUCCGCGCCCCCCUCGAGCAGCUCGACGCGGAUCUCAAGGUCGGUGUUUCCCGUCUCGUCCUCCCCAGUGUUUCCGGUUUGAAUGGUCUCCCCCUCGUCGGUCAAGCCACCACCGGAGUCCUUAGUGGUAGGCCCGGCGGCCCCAUUGGAAUCGUCUCUGGCAUCCUGAAGCUGGUCACUGACCUCCUCACCAGUCUUCUGUCUAGUGGCCCGGUCGGCGGCGGCGGUCUCGGCGGGUUCAUUGGUGGCGGCGGUCUCCUCAACGAGGUGAUUGGGGGCACCGGGAUUGGCGGGACCGUCGGCGGUCUCAUCUUCAACAGCCCCAUCAGCGGUCUGCUCCAGAGCAUCCUCGGCACUGUCGGAAGUGUCCUCCCUGGUUUGAACAGCAUCAUUCCGGUGCAGUUUUGA